AUGCGAUCAACCGAAGCCGACUGUCGGGAUUUGGAGCUGACAGUAGUGCUGGCGGCCUAUUAUCCGGGCUGUUGCGGUUGGUGGCAGUUGUUUACUGUUCUCCGCUUCGAGACGGCCAGAGUGUGUAAAGCCAGAACUAGCAAGCAGGUGAUUCAUAGAGUAGAAACCAUCGACAAUCAAACGGUAGUCAUCAUAAGCGGCGCCAACGACAACAACAACAGCAGCAACGAUAGGACGAUGAGCGGUUGGUUGCCACGGAUCGAGGCGACAGCCAGUAGUGGUGGGCGUGAGAACCUGGGACUUAUCACUGCCGGCGGGCUGCUGGUGCUGCUGGUCGUCAUGACGACCGGCACACUGGAAACGGAUGCCACCCGGAUAUUUGACAUUGAAAGCAUCCCGACGGUGAAGCAAGUGGCUGUGGCCAGGAAAAACGUUACCCUCGCCUGCCCGGGAGUCAGCGAGCACUCGCUAGUGGACCGGCUGGUCUGGCGGACGACACGGACCGUAGCCGAGUACAUCAGCGGACUGCCGCUGCUGGUCGGUGCCAAUCAGAGAAUCACACUGUUACCUGAUAACUUUAGUCUCCUCUUCAGUCCAGCCUUAGCGUCCGACACUGCCGAGUACAGUUGCCUCGUGAACCAGCGACACAACCCGGAAGCGAUAGUGGAUCUGCUGGUGCAAGAUGUUCCCGAGCCACCCGGACGGCCGAUGGUUGUCAGCUUUACCUCCCGCUCGGUGAAUCUUUCCUGGGCCUACACGCAGGAUCCACGCAGUGCACCGAUAAGCAACUUUGUCAUCGAAACCAGAGUCGGCGAGGAUGGCCUCUGGGAUCGAGUGGAACCGAUCUACACCAAAAGCAGCAAGGCAUCCUACCAGGUAACCGCACUGGAACCGUUCACCGUGUACAGCUUCCGGGUGAUCGCCGUUAAUGAAUUCGGCCACAGUGCACCGUCCAAGGAGUCGUACUACUUCGUCACGCUGCGGGAAGCCCCAACCGGCAAACCGGUAACGACGAUCGCCCACAACACGUCUGCCACGUCGAUAUACGUUUCGUGGAAACCGCCGCCACCCGAGACGAUACUCGGCGAAUUCCUGGGCUACCGGAUAACCUACCGUACGCGCGACAAGACCGACCCGGAGGACGACGCCAAGGAGAUCUACAUUCGCGACAGCACCGUGGAGAGUCACGAAAUUCAUAACCUUGACACCUACACGCAGUAUCUGGUCUCGAUACAGGUGUUCAAUCCGGAAGGACUCGGUCCACCGACCACGGUGCUGGUUAUGACCGACGAAGGCGUUCCCAGUCGGCCGCAGAACCUGAGCGUCCUGGAGGUAACCUCAACGACCAUCAAGAUCACAUGGCGCGAACCGGAAAAAUCGAACGGUGCCAUCCACGGUUACCGGGUGUACUAUGUCCACCAGAACCAAACGUUAUUGCAUCUUCCGAUACUGAAGGCGGACGCUGCCGUGAACUCGGUCUACACCUAUACGCUGUCGAAUUUGAAGCCAUACAGUGACUACAAGAUCAUCGUGGCAGCGUUCACCAAGAAGAACGAUGGCGAACCGUCGGAGGUGUCCACCCGGACCGACAUUAGUGGGCCCAGUGCACCAAAGGUGGUAAAUUUAACAUGCCACACGCAGGACGCCCUAUUCUUCGGUUGGCGGAUACCGCAAACCUAUUACAACACCAUCGAUUACUACAUCAUCAGCUACCGGAACGUAGUGUUCGCUGACUUCCGAGAAAUCCGUAUCACAGCCAAUGCGUCCAUCGUGGAAACUUCAAUGAUCAUUCCCAACUUAACGACCAAUAUGGUUUAUGAAGUGAAAGUUCGGGCAGCUUCUACGAGUGUGAUCAAUCCAAAGCAAAUAAUUUUGGGCUCCUAUUCGGAACCAAAAAAGAUCUCUCUCCAACCGAACUGCGACAAAAUCCCCCCGCCAUCGCAGCGCCAAUCAUACGACGACUACAACCUGGCCAUCCUAGCUGGAAUCGUUUUUAGCGGUUUCGGGCUGCUGCUGAUUGUGCUGGCUUUCCUACUGUAUAAGAAAUGUUUCCACGCGGCCUACUACUAUCUGGACGAUCCACCGACCAGCCAGGGUGGCAACACGGCCGGCGUGAUCGAUUGGGAGGCACCGUGCGAGAUGGGCGGUGAGGUGCGCAGCUCCAUUCCGGUGUCGGAGUUCGCAAAGCAUGUGGCGGCUCUGCACGUGGACGGAGACAUCGGCUUCAGCAAGGAGUACGAAGCCAUCCAAGGCGAAGCACUGAACGACGAGUACCCCUCGGAGCACUCGCAGCAUCCGGACAACAAGGGCAAAAACCGUUACCUAAAUGUUAUCGCAUAUGAUCACAGUAGAGUCCACCUACGACAAGUUCCCGGUCAGAAGAAGCACCUGGACUAUAUCAAUGCAAACUUUAUCGAUGGUUAUCAAAAAUCGCGAGCUUUCGUCGGAACGCAAGGCCCACUGCCGGGUACUUUCGACUGUUUCUGGCGAAUGAUCUGGGAGCAGCGAGUGGCCAUCAUCGUGAUGAUUACCAAUCUAGUAGAACGCGGUCGCCGAAAGUGCGAUAUGUACUGGCCUAAGGACGGAACGGAAACGUACGGUGUGAUACAAGUUCGUCUGAUUCGAGAAGACGUAAUGGCUACCUACACGGUGCGUACGUUCCAGAUCAAGCACACCAAGUUGAAGAAGAAGAAAGCUUGCCAGAUGGAGAAGCUGGUUUAUCAGUAUCAUUACACAAACUGGCCUGAUCAUGGAACACCAGAUCAUCCGCUACCAGUGAUUAACUUUGUCAAAAAAUCCACUGCCGCAAAUCCUUCGGACGCAGGUCCCAUCGUGGUGCACUGCAGCGCCGGAGUAGGACGAACCGGAACGUAUAUCGUCUUGGAUGCGAUGUUGAAGCAAAUUGAAACUAAGGGAAUGCUGAACGUAUUUGGGUUCCUGAGGUUCAUAAGAGCCCAACGGAACUAUCUAGUCCAAACGGAGGAGCAGUAUAUCUUUAUCCACGAUGCUCUCGUGGAAGCCAUCGACAGCGGGGAGACAAACGUCAAGAUAGACGCCAUCGCCGGCUUGGUCAACCACAUCGAGUACAUCGAUAAUCAGUACAAGCUCAUAACCAGCUACCAACCGAAAGAGAUUAACCUAACCUCGGCACUAAAGCCGGUAAAUGCCAUCAAAAACCGUAGCUCACUGGUUCCCCUGGAGGGCAGCCGGGUUCAUCUGACUCCGAAACCGGGCGUCGAGGGUAGUGACUACAUCAACGCCACCUGGUUGCACGGUUUUCGCCGUUUGCGGGACUUUAUCGUGACGCAGCAUCCGCUGCUCGAUACGUUCAAAGACUUCUGGCAGAUGGUGUGGGAUCACAACGCACAGACCGUCGUGCUGCUGUCCUCCGCUGAUAAUAUGUCUUUCCUGCAGUUUUGGCCAAACGAGUCGGAACCACUGGAGAGUGAUUACUACCGGAUCCGAAUGGUUUCCGAAGCAUCGGAAAACGGUUACAUCGUGAGAAACUUUGUGAUCCAGUCGAUCCAGGACGACUACGAGUUGAACGUGCGAAUGUUUGAGAAUCCAAUGUGGCCCGACAUUGGUAAUCCCCGCUCGAUCUACGAUUUUGUCGUGCGAAUACACGAACGCUGCGCACAGUAUCGAAAUGGGCCAAUUGUGAUUGUCGAUCGAUACGGUGGUUUCCAGGCUUGUCAGUUCUGCUGUAUCAGCUCCUUGGCGAUGCAGUUGGAGUACGAUCAGACUGCGAACGUUUACACGUACGCAAAGCUUUACCACAACAAACGACCCGGCAUCUGGAGCUCGUACGAAGACAUCCGACAAAUCUAUCGGAUACUGUCGUACAUGCCCAAGGAGCUGGGGUUGCUCAAAUGCACUGAACUGCGGACCGAGUUCGAUGACGCGGCCAUUAUGACGGCAACGCCCGAUUUAUACAGUAAGAUUUGUAGUAACGGUAGUAUUAAUGCGCAACUCAACAACGUCGGCAUCACUGGUGGUGGUGGUGGCGGUCCGGGUUCCGGCGAUGCGGGGGCACCACAAACAGGCAAUGGGACGAGUGGUGGGCAGAUGACCGGAACCACCGGGACCGGCGCCACUACCACGAUUCAGAACGGCGGUACGGUAAUCGUCAAAAUGAACGGGGAGGACAACGACGAACUGUCGGUGGUGGUUGCCACCAGCAAUCACCUGAACCUGGAUCACAAUCAGUCGUAAGUUUCAACCGAAGCAGUUGGGUUGGGGGUGGAAAGGUUCUAGAAGGAAAAACGCAAAACAAAACAAAAAACUACUAAUUAGGUUAACCAGAAAGCGCGAUUUUAGUCAUGUCUGUUUAGUUUCUAUACCAGUGCUGUUUGGCAGUCAAGUUUUUACGAUCUACAGUAACUACUAAUAUUAUUAUGACACAGAAAACAAAAGAACAAAUUGAGUUAGGAAAAAGAAGAUAGUAUUUAUGAACCAAUUAACGAUCUAGCGAGUAAGGGGAUACAUAGAUGCAGCUCAUAGUUUCGGCAGCAAACUGGCUUUUCUAUCACUAUUUUUCUCCUUAGAUUUUAAUUUUAUUUGAGAAUCUGGAGAAUGUUUACGCUUAGCUGUGUUAAAAUUGUACAAAAAAAACAUUUUUUACUUUGACUUGUAUUAAACGACUUCCGUAUGACAAAGGCUUGACAAUUGAAAGUUCCAAAUUCUAGUCGAUUUUUUGCGAAUCCCAUCAAUGUUUAAAAAUAUGAAGUUGAUCCAGUGUAUAUGUUUGUUGAAGGUGUAUAAGAUUAGCUUUCGCCUCCGAGCUCAGUAUUGGCUUAUUCUCCACUUUCAUUGAAUCGAUACCCCAAUCAGAUUGACUGUCUAGGCGUUACGAUCCAAAAUAGAGAGGAAAAGAGAAGGGGGUGCUCGCUUUUGAUGUGCGAAAAUGACACAAAAAAGACUGGUUUUUCAUAAGUUUUGAUUUCUAUGAAAAAAAAAUUACACCAAUACAAACAAUUAUCUGGACACAACAGGCGAAAGGUCUUGUUUGCAAGAAACUAAUGGAGAAAGAGAAAAAAAAGAGGAAAAACAAACCAAAAAAAAAACGAUGAGUGAUGAUUAAUUGACACAAUUGCCGGUCAACCGCUGCUUUGAAUCCCGAGGUGUCGAACAAGGGCGAUCGGCUACGAAAAGAUUGCUGAAACAAAUCUCGAAUUGAAGGUUUUCAAAUUAAUUUAUGGCUAAUACAUAUAUUAACAUGAUAUUAACAUCGAGAAACAGGGUGGAAUAAAGUAGUUUAGGCUUUCUAGACCCCUCUAGAGGCAUAUUUUAUGUUCUUAAUAGUGCCACAAAUUGUUGAUAACUUUAUAUUCUACUUUUAUUAUGCUUUAUUUUCAAAAAUUCAAUUUUAGUUACGAAUCAAACAGAACAUAAUGGCACAAUAGAAACAACGAAAGUGUUUUGGUGUACUCAACUCAACUCAACUUUGUCGUUCAGUAGCACGUAGCAGUCAUAAGAGCGAACUCUUCUGGUUCAGCUCACCCGUGCCAAAGUAGCGUAUAAAUCGUUUGAAUGCACACCGCACCUAGCCAGUUCACUAAGGAGUGAGACUAAUUGCUCGCUUUUUUUAUCAGACAGUGUCUUCCAGAACAACACUGUAAACUACCAGAUGUGAGCAGCGCUUCUUGCCAGUAGAACUCGUAACUAGGUAAUAAAACCAGCAAAGUAAAAGCUUGUGAGUCCUGUUAACAGUUGUCGGUCUUAUUCUUGAGUGUAAACUAAGAAUUUGUAUUCUGUGCCAAUCCUAAUUGCAUCGCAACGAAGCAACAAACAACCAAAUCGAUCGAAUCCAACCAUAGCAAUUUGCGUAUGUUGGUUCUGUAGUUUUCAGAAGUUAACCGUUCAAAUCACUUGAGUUUAAUUUCAGUUCCACUGCGCUGGCUGCUAUAACAAUAGGUUACGGGCAAGCACGGACGGUUUUCUGAAAAAUUAACGGAACCCGACUCCAUCUACAGAAGCUGAAUUCCAAGGUGGCACUCCUCAUGUUGCAGGAGGACUUGUUGCGUUACGUGAAACUGGAAAGCGCUCCAGAACCACCAUCAGAGGGUGAGCCUCACGUCAAAGGUCUCCUUAUUGGAGCUGUUUCGCCAUGGAGGAACUGUUCAGCGGCCUUGUGAAAGCCACACAAAAACUGGAGGAAAAUCUCAUGAUCGCGAUUAUCUUGAGGACUCCGUCUGCAAAUGACGGAUCUCUGUAGAGGCAUGUUUGAACGAACCUGAAGCUAAUGAGAACCAGAGCAGAGGGUCCAGAGCCCUCAAAAGGAGGAUGGUUUCAACAGCGCAUCCAUGGCUAUUACCUAAAGACCUGAAUGGAUAAACCCCUAAUGCAAGGUGUGACGCGACCCGUGCCGAGGAAUGAGUGGUGAAGGGGGUUCUAUAAAUACUCAGCCGCAACGGAGCCUGCAGAGCACCAGGGCGCCCUCCAA